AUGUCCAACAUUCUGCAGAGAUUACGAGGUGGAAACCUCGAGGUUUUCAAGUUCGGCAUGUACGUUCUUUUCCCGAUUGGAUGGAUGUAUUAUUUCGGAACAAACCUCGACGACCGCUUCAGUGUCCCUGGAUUCUGGCCUACUACCGAGCAAUCGCAUAAGAUUCCCCUCGAUAAGGAAGAAAUUGAUAAGGAACUGGCGCGAAUGCGCAUGGUGGAUUCUAUUAGGCGAGAGAAGCGCCAACGAGAGGCCCAGGCCCAGGCUGAAGCUCAAAUGCAGGCUGAGGGUCAGGCACAAAACGCGGAGUAA